AUGGCUCAAAAUUAUGUCCCAAUGGAUUUGCCAUGGGAUUUUCCACAUUCCUCAGUGCCCUCCCUCGCAGAUCCCCUAGAUCCUCUCCCUGAGCAAUUUGGGGGAGGUCGUCAAAAAUCACCCCCUGCAAUGCAGACUCCUAUGAAAUUGCGCACCCACAUCAAACCUACAAUGCGUGACUCCAGUCUUGUUCGAAAAAGUGCACUAGAUUGGAGAGCCCGGCUGGUUCCGGGCAAUGGGCAUGGCAUCACUGAGAACCAGGUGUCUGGUUCUGUGCUGGACUAUCAGGACACAUCGGCUGCCCCUGAACAGUUGCCACUUGAUAAUGAGAUCUGCAAUGCUCCUGAUGAUUCAACUCAAGGUCGGGUGACCCUGCAAUCACUCAGGGUACCUCCUCACAGUAAUUCCGAAUUUACUAGACAGAGUGUAUCACGUGAGAGGCAACUGAUGGGCCCUCGGGGGCCACACUUGAUGCUGGAGGCACCUGAUCAUGUUAUUCUUCCACAGCCAUCCUUCGCCACUAUGCAGGGACAGGAAGAGGCUCUGAUGCAGUUUGGUGAUCCUGCCCCAUCACGGCACCGCUUCCUCAAUAUUCCUUCAACUUACGUCAUCCCUCCCACUCCUGCCAAGCCCGUGGAUGGUGAAGGAUGGUCUUCAAGUUCAGGAGCUGCUGCUGUCGGCAGGAGGUCAGACGAGAUGAACACUGCCAUGGAUGAGCACUUUGAGUUGAUUGAUGGCAUCAUCAACCAGCUUGCAUUGAAGACUGGUUUUUCUAUGCAGCAAGUUCUGAAUCUAUUUCUGAAGUCUCACAGCCACAUCCACAAUGUGAUAAACCACUGGAACGUCUAUGGUCAAUACUUCAAAUUGUACCGUCUGCAGGAACUUGAGAGAGCUGGCAAGGACGGAAAUAUGAUCAUCACUUCAGCAAUCCAGCAAGAAUGUUAUGGAUGCUUUCAGACUGCUUAUCCUGACACCUGGCAAGAAAUCCUCGAAACAUUCGACGAGGCAUGGACCUUUACUUGGUCACCUGUGACUGUCAGGCAGCGUUCACAAGAAUUUGGGAGGUUGACAAGGAAAGUGACUAGCUUGUUGGAUUCUGCCACUGUGAUGCAUGGCUUCGAAGCAGCACUAAUCAUGUGUGGAAAGGUAGUCAACCAGGAUGCGUCGAUCAGUUACAUCCAUACGACUCCCGGUGCAGAAGAGUUUUGGGCAACACAUUGCCAUGCCAAUGAAGACACCAUGAUUGGACACUUCAGAUCACACGUAUAUCACCUGGCAUCCCUUGCUGUUGUCGAGGAUGCAUAUGGUGAGGACUCAUCCAGUGAAAUAAAGCCAGCACUCAAGUGUCAGAUACCCUUACCUCAGCACACAGAUGCUCCGCAGGCAACACAAGUUGAUGGAGAGGCUUGGGAGGCUCCCAAUGGCAUUGACUGGCAGAUGCUGCCUGAUCCUAUUCAGUGUAUCAAAGUUGGAAUAACUUCAAUGUUCCGCGACCUUGGUGGGCAUUUGAUAGCAUGGACAGGUACUUUCCCCUGGAAGCUCCUCCACAGUGAGCUGGUGCGUCACUGCUACAUCAUGAGAGGCUAUCCUGAGGACACAUUAAUGUCGGGAGAGCCACGUGCUACAGUUGCCCGACCUAAAGGUGUCAGUGACCUCGAUAAACGAGAGCAGCAAAAGACGCAUGACUUGGAUCUGACGACUCUUGUUGUGGGGGGCGAAGCCCCUCCUGCAGGUUCAAUGUACAAUUGUGGCCGUCGCAUGCUGGCCGAUGGAACUAUUGACUGUAAGGGACUUCAUUGUCUUGCACCAAGUGCAGCAAGCACAAAGAUUGUCAAGGCUCCAAGCAGACAGCGGAAACCAGCACAGGAGGUCAUUUCCAUUGACAUGUCUAGCAAGGUACAGGCCAGCUCAGAGUCAGACUCUGAAGAUGAGUACCAAGAAGAACCUCUCGAGGGUGUGGACUCAGAGUAUGACGAUGCCAUUGCCUCUCGUAAACACAAGGUUAAGGCAGCUAGAACCUCCCACUCACAUAAACAACGUGCUCCUUCAAGUGACAUCAAAAUUGUUGACCCGCCAUGCAAUAUGAGAGGAGAUGUCAAGGGCAAGGGCAAGGCCACUGACCAGGGCACCUGCAAAGAGAAGAAAACUCGCACUGCAACAAAAAACGUCAAAUCAGUGCGUUAUUGCUUGGUCACUGCUAGUGUUGCCGCAGCUCAGCUAAAUCUGGCUCAGCUUGGUGGCUUAAAGCAUGAGUCAUUGGGAAAGAAAUUCCAGGCAAUUAUUUGA